AUGGGUCUUUGCAAAUGUAAACGGAAGAAGGUCACCAAUCUCUUCUGCUUUGAGCAUCGCGUUAAUGUAUGCGAGUUCUGCCUUAUAGCGAGCCACCCUAAGUGCGUGGUUAAAUCCUAUCUUAAUUGGCUCAAGGAUGGUGAUUAUUCGUCGCAAUGUUCACUUUGUUCCAAAGAACUUGAUAAUGGCGAAGAGUGUAUUCGUUUAUUGUGUUUGGAUAUUUUCCACUGGCGGUGUUUAGACAAUUAUGCCUCGCAGCUUCCAGCGACAACGGCGCCAGCUGGUUAUGAGUGUCCGUCUUGCUCCAUGUGCAUAAUACCACUCACAAACCAGGGCGGCCCUGUCGCCGAAGCCUUGCGUCAAAAGAUUUUGUCUGCUAAAUGGGCGAAACCGAACCGCCAAGGGAAGGCUUCCUUCCCAAAAUCAAAGGCUGCAGUCCAGCCCAGAUCCAACGAAACCCUUGCCGCCUUUGAUGAUUCAAAACUUCUUGAUACAUCAGUGGAUACCUAUGCAAGUCAAUUUCUUCGUGAUCAAGAGAUGGUCACCCCUCCUACAAUGCCAUCUCCCAAGUCGGCGGAGACAGUGGUGCCCAUUGAAUGCCCUACAGUUGACACCUCGUCAAAAUCCCGGUUUGAGUACAAGGGCAACUGUCUUGACGACCCAAAACAACCUUUACAAAAGUUUGCAAAUCCUCGCAACUUAGUAAUUGACGACGAGGAUGCAGAUAAAUAUAGACGUCGUCCGGUUCCACCCUUCAACUCCAAUGGUCGACUUCUGGGCUUGACGCGUUGCAUCCCCUCGACCGCACCGCGGCUCUCCUACCGACGCCGACUUCUUUACAUAUUUGGGCUUGUCGUCUUCACCUGUUUCGCAACAAUACUAAUCACAAACCUGCUCUCUGCCCUCCCACCCCCGGAAGACACCCUGGUGCCCGCCCGACCCCACCUCCCCGUUGGUGUAUGA